AUGUUGUGCGGAUACGCUGGAGCGCUCGUGUUGGGUGCGGCACUAAUGGUGGCUGGACAAAAUGUGGAUCAGAGUGAGUUGGGGUGGGAAAUAUCAGGCUGUCGGGAAAAUAAUCAGCAUUCUGUCGCAGCGAAAUUCGCAUUGCCGUGGAGAAAAUGAAUUUUGGUCUAAAAUCAAAUUGUUUUUCACUUCAGCGACACGAUUGUCGCAACGACAUUGUGAUCAUUAUUUUCCCGACAGACUGAUAUUAUAGCAUUUUCACAAAGUGCAUGAACAUUUUUUCUAUUCCGCACCGUGCACAAAAAUCCCCAUGUUGUUGCACCGUGCACUCGCCUUUUUUUUGCUUUUGCACUGUGCGUUUAAAAUAUCGCUGCGACGUAAGCUUUUCUCAAAAAUGUGCACAGUGCAAUCGGCUUUUUUGAGGUUUGGACACAUGCGAAAAGCAAAAAUCCACAGUGCGAUGAUGACAAAAGUUCAAAGUUCAAGAUGCACUGUGCGAAGACGAAAAAAAUGUCCAUGCACUUUAUGAAAAUGCUACUAUAAUACAGGGUGUCCAGAGAAAUGUGCCGGAAAGUGUUUGUCGAUUUCUUGUCGCUCAAUCAAGGUAUCAGAAAAAAAAUUUUUUCAGGAGAAAGUUAUAUAAAAUUUUACCUCCGCCGAAUGCUUGAAAAACAUAAAAAUAAACAAAAAUCCUCUUUCCAACCAUCAAAAUUCAUAAAAACGCUUUUAAGAUUAGUGUGAUGACCAAAAAAGCUAUCAAAAGGCUCCGCCGAAUACGGCACUUUCCGCGUCGGCGAAGAAAAUCAUUUUCUGGAGAAAAAACCGCCCAUAUCCUCGUUUCUCCUGAAAAAAAAUUUUUUUGAUAUCUUGACUGAGCGCCAAGAAAUCGACAAACACUUUCCGGCACAUUUCUCUGGACACCCUGUAGAAAAAACGCUUCCGGGAAAUCGCCAAAUUGAUUUUUGGCAUUUGCACUGCGAGAAAAAGCGACAGCCCAAAAAACCUAUUGUACCGUGCAAAAAACAAGAAAUUGCACAGUGCACAGUGAAACUUUGUUUUCGCACAUGUAGCGAAAAUCACUCCAGCGACUUUCUGGAAGGUCUAGUGGUCGACAAACGUUGAUUAUCACUUCCUUUGAACCCAAAAAAACGCUCCAUUUUCAGUGAUCAAAAAGUGCUGUACGGCAGAGUCGGAAGAAUGCUGUCUAAAACAACUGAAUCAGGCCGGAAACGGCGAUGAAUGCAAGGCCUUCCGCAAUGCCUCAAUAUGUUUGGAAAUGGAGCUACAUCAGCAGUCAUUGCUGGCCAUUAAAAGUGAGUUAUGCGAACGUUUUCUUUUUGGAUUGCGAUCAUUCCGAACAGAUCUCUGUGCAAAUUAAUAUGAAUAACGCUUUCCCGAAGGCCCCGUUGAAUUUUUAAUAGAUUGAAAUCAGCGGAAAAAGUUGCCCUUUUAGAUUGCGAUGGGGCUGAUUAGCAUUCCGGGCCAUAUGAAAAAUCACAAGUAUUUAUGUUUUGCAGCAAAAAAUUUUUGUUUUCUGAUUUUAAUGAAAGCUGGGGGAAAUGAAGAGGAUGAUUUUGUGAGAAAUUUUGGAAAUUUUUAGACCGCGUUAUGCAGAAAUAACUAAAGUAUGAGGGUUUAAAAACCAAAAAAUUUCAUUUUUUAAAUCACGGAAUUGACGUCACUGCAAUUUAAAUUUGAGAAAACAUCAUUUUAUUAAAAUUUUGAAAGAUUUUUAGACCGCGUUAUGCAGAAAUAACCGAAAUUCAGAAGUUUAAAAACCAAAAAAUUCCAUUUUUAAAAAUGAAAAUUUAUGUCGCAGCAUUCCAAAUUUAAGAAAACAUAAUUUUUUAAAAAUUUUAAGAGAUUUUCAGACCGCGUUAUGCAGAAACAACCGAAAUCUGAGAGUUUAAAAACCAAAAAAUUUAAUUUUUUAAUGCCAAAAAUUGACGUCGUAGCUGUCGAAAUACGAUAAAACACCCUUUUAUCGGUAUUUUCGGUAAUUUUAAGACCGCGUUAUGCAGAAAUAACCGAACUAUGGACACUUCAAAUUCAAAAAAUUUCAUUUCCAAAUGCAAAAAUUUUGUUUGAAUUCGGGUGAAAAUUAAAAAAAAAGAUAAUGUUCCAACGUUUUUUCAGAAAUUUCAGACCGCGUUAUGCAGAAAUAUUACAAAAAAAUUAGAUUUUUUUUUCAAAAAUUGAAAAAAUUGCUUCAAAAACAGUCUCUAAACCGCUCAAAUUUCAGUGGAAAAAUGCUGUUGGCUGCCCAGCUCGCUGUCUUGCCGCAGGCAAUGCGUCAAGACGCUACGCUCCAUCUGGAUCCCGCCAGAGUUGCGGAUCCAGAAGGCGAUGGAGUGUUCGACCAAAAAAGUGCGUUCGCAGGCCCCACAGAACUGCUAUCAGGACUCGUUGGAGAAGCUGGAGCAGUGCUUCCCGUCCUGCGUCAUGUUUCAGCGCAUGCAGGAGGGCAAGGAGAUGUUCGACUACCAGCCCCACCUACACUGCGACCUGAUGCGGAAUGUGGCGGCCAAGAACCCGUGCAUCUUCCCCGACAACAUGGAUUUCUAG